AGUAGUAGUAGUAGUAGUAGUAGUAGUAGUAGAAGUAGUAGUAGUAGUAGUAGUAGUAGUAGUAGUAGUAGUAGUAGUAGUAGUAGUAGUAGUAGUAGUAGUAGUAGUAGUAGUAGUAGUAGUAGUAGUAGUAGUAGUAGUAGUAGUAGUAGUAGUAGUAGUAGUAGUAGUAGUAGUAGUAGUAGUAGUAGUAGUAGUAGUAGUAGUAGUAGUAGUAGUAGUAGUAGUAGUAGUAGUAGUAGUAGUAGUAGUAGUAGUAGUAGUAGUAGUAGUAGUAGUAGUAGUAGUAGUAGUAGUAGUAGUAGUAGUAGUAGUAGUAGUAGUAGUGGUAGUAGUAGUAGUAGUAGUAGUAGUAGUAGUAGUAGUAGUAGUAGUAGUAGUAGUAGUAGUAGUAGUAGUAGUAGUAGUAGUAGUAGUAGUAGUAGUAGUAGUAGUAGUAGUAGUAGUAGUAGUAGUAGUAGUAGUAGUAGUAGUAGUAGUAGUAGUAGUAGUAGUAGUAGUAGUAGUAGUAGUAGUAGUAGUAGUAGUAGUAGUAGUAGUAGUAGUAGUAGUAGUAGUAGUAGUAGUAGUAGUAGUAGUAGUAGUAGUAGUAGUAGUAGUAGUAGUAGUAGUAGUAGUAGUAGUAGUAGUAGUAGUAGUAGUAGUAGUAGUAGUAGUAGUAGUAGUAGUAGUAGUAGUAGUAGUAGUAGUAGUAGUAGUAGUAGUAGUAGUAGUAGUAGUAGUAGUAGUAGUAGUAGUAGUAGUAGUAGUAGUAGUAGUAGUAGUAGUAGUAGUAGUAGUAGUAGUAGUAGUAGUAGUAGUAGUAGUAGUAGUAGUAGUAGUAGUAGUAGUAGUAGUAGUAGUAGUAGUAGUAGUAGUAGUAGUAGUAGUAGUAGUAGUAGUAGUAGUAGUAGUAGUAGUAGUAGUAGUAGUAGUAGUAGUAGUAGUAGUAGUAGUAGUAGUAGUAGUAGUAGUAGUAGUAGUAGUAGUAGUAGUAGUAGUAGUAGUAGUAGUAGUAGUAGUAGUAGUAGUAGUAGUAGUAGUAGU